UGGGUAGUGAUUAUCUUUGUUAGUUAGCCUAUUUCUCCCUCUCAUCUACUAAGACAGGUCCGGAGAUCUCUCAGUGCUGUACCACUAGGUCUCUGUUAAUUUUUAUCAGCCUUUCGAGGAGUAGGGCCUAACACUCACCCUUCUUUUUUCGUAAAGUUUCAUGUAUUUUAGCUAAAUUCCUGUAUUUUCUCACUAAAAUUUUGUGGGUUGUUUACUAGAAACUUCCGGUUUUCGGGUAAAUUAAAAAAAAUAGAACCCGUACACGACAACUUCGUAUCCGUACCCAAUCUUCGAGUCGGGUACGGGUCAGGUUGCACAUCUCUACUCUCUCUCUCUCUUCGCAAAACUGAAGAAUAUUAUUAUCUUUUCAGAUUUUUAAUUCGAAUUUUCGUUAAUGUGUACUACAAACAGAUGUAUAUUUCAGAAUAACCUAAGAUGAAAGAAGCCAAUGGAUCAGAGUGAAUUUUCAUUUCGUGGUAAAUUAUUGUAUAUUACACCAACUGAGCUAUGAUGAUUGUCGUGGUCUGAAAUUUUUAUUCGGUCAAGAUAUACCACGUUAUUUACUUGAUGAUCCAUCAAUUAUUGGUACAUUAGAUGUUUUUCAAAUUCUGAUUGAUCGCGCAAAAAUCUCACAAAAAGAUUUUACAUAUCCGAUUAAAGCAUUUGAGGUUAUAAAACGUUUUGAUGCAGCUGAUUAUUUAAAAGGUAGUAGUAGCUCUAUAGAAAUUGCAAUUUAUAGUCGUACAUGGUUUUUCUGUUUUCUUUUAAAUAGAACAUGCCUAUUCACAUAG